UCAAUGAUCCUACUCCUACAUAGUAUAUUUGAACAAAACGCAAUGCACAAUUCUCUCAAAACCCAACGCCUAUAAUCUCUCCUCCUUCCCCUCAAUCAAUCAAAUACCCCAAAAAGAAAAAAAAACCCAAAAAAUUAAUAAAGGAAGGUAGAGAGAGAAAGAAGAAGGAUUAUCCCCAUUCAACUGAGAAAUGGGUAGAAUGGGUCUAAUCCUUUGGGACUUCGCCCUCUCCUUCAUGUGGGCUUGGGCUGGGUCUCUCGCCAAGCUCUUCGUCUACUCCUUCUUGGAUUGGGGGAAAACCCCUGAAGCCGAGGCCUUGAAUUUAUCUCUCUCUGUUGUCUACAUGUAUUUUUUUGCUUGGCUGGGCAAUUUCUCACGGGGGGGAGCUUACAACCCUCUGGGUAUUUUAUCUAAUGCUUUCAUGGGUGGCCUUGAUGGGUUUCUGUUCACGGUUUUUGGGAGGAUUCCUGCUCAGAUAGCUGGAUCAAUUAUUGGUGUUAGAUUAAUUAAAAAAACUUUUCCUCAAGUAGGACAUGGAUCUCGUUUGAAUGUUGAUAUUCAUCAUGGAGCGAUGAUAGAAGGACUGCUCACAUUCAUAAUAGUGAUAGUAUCAUUGGGACUAAAGAAGAAGGAUCCUAGAAGUUUCUUCAUGAAAACAUGGAUUGCAACCAUCUCCAAGAUAAGCCUUCGCAUUCUCGGUUCUGAUUUGACUGGAGGAAUAAUGAAUCCUGCCUCUGCUCUUGGUUGGGCAUAUGCAAGAGGAGAUCAUAUAACAAAGGAGCAUCUACUAGUUUACUGGUUUGCCCCUCUUCAAGCUACUAUAUUGGCAGUAUUGGUAUUCAAGUUCUUCACUGAGCCGAGGAAAAGCAAGGAGCAGAAAGCUAAACCAGAGUGAAUGGGAAACUAGUCGAGUUUGAAACCUUGGGAGGGGUAAAUGCAGUUUACCCAAAUUUCUGUAAAUAAUUGAAAACUUGCCAUUACUUGUUUCCAAGUGAGCAAGAACAUCUCAUUCUAAUUUAAUGCAUUUGAGACGCAUUCUGUAAAUUGUAAUUCAUGAUGCCGAUGAAAUCGUGCAUGAGCAAUCGUCAAGAUGUAAAUGUGUCUAAAUGGUUAUUUUAUAAGAUUCCCAUAAUUGUUUAAA